AUGAUGCUGCGUCCCUUUCCCGCCCCGGCCCCUGGCGAGUUGGCCACUGUGCGCCAGUACCUGAGCCUUCUCCGCCUCUAUGGCCGCUUGGCGCCCAACAAAAAUCCAGCUCGUCUUCGCUCGCAGAUUCCUGUGCAAAAGCACCUCAACGAUGGAGAUGAAGAGGACGCCCUGCCUUACGUGCCCACUCUAGCCGACUUGGCUCGGGUGCACGCCAUUGAGAACGGGCGGGACAACGUCGUGUAUCGUGCCUCGCGCAACGACAUGCUUACACACCUGGAUCGCCUCGCUGCUGCCAAAGCGGAUGCUGAGGCAACUUCACCUCGUCGCCGCGGCCCGGCGAUGAUCGAGCCUAGCACACCUGGACCCGACUUGACGCAUUUGCAGAAUGAACUGCUGCGCCUUAAGUCCAUGAUUGCAGAUGUCGUCGUGCGCCAAGAUAACAUGCACGCCGCCUCUCCUGUGGCCACCGGUGUGCCGGCUCCGCCACCGCCUCCUGCACCCAUGAUGGCUGCGGGUGUCCCACCACCACCACCACCUCCUCCCAUGAUGGCCGCGGGUGGCCCACCGCCGCCUCCACCUCCGGCACCCAUGCCAGGAGCCCUCUACAAGGCCCCGGCCAGCAUUUCAGAAAUCAUCAAAAAGGUUCGUGCACACCAGGCCAUUGGCAACACCCACAGUCUACCCUUCAGCUUGCCGCUCGGGACUUAUCAAGCGGCUUUGCAUUCUGGUCAACAGAACCGCAAGGGUCAAAAGGUUGAGUCCAAGGAGAAUGAGCGACCUUCCAUGGCGGAUGUGCUCAAGGGUCUGGGCUCAGUCAAGCUCAAAAGUGUUGAUCGGUCGCCUGGUGGAACUCCGACUCAACGCCGAACGUCAGACGAUUCUGCGGGUGGAGACCCAGCCAGUUUGAUUGCGGCUGCACUCAAGAAGAAGUUUGCCAACGCCAACUCACAACGUGGUAUUGACUGGGACGCUCAUGAGCGUGAGAUGACCGAGCGCAAACGCACCGAAGCCGAGAGCAAGCCCGCGUUUGGGCUCCACAUGCUCCGCUCCACCAACCGCUCUCCCCUCAGGCCAAGCAAUAGAGCCAAUACGCAACACUAA